UGAAAUGUUAUUUUGCAAUCAGGUCCUUCAAGGAUGAAUCUGUGGGAAUAAUAAUAAUGCCGCAUGUUCCUUGUUUAGAAUAAUACUGCUAAUAAAAAUGAUCAUUUCCCCGUUUCGCUUGUCGUCCAGCGCUAUCGGCACCCGGGAAUCAGAGAAAACUCGAGCUAAUGGCAUCGGAGAAGCAGCGCUCCCUCCUUCUCGAAUCCACUUCUCGCUUCCCAAUCCCUCCAGGAGUGAGGUUUUCGUAUGGAACCGCGGGGUUCCGGUCUGAUGGCCUGAUCCUUGGCUCCACGGUGUUCCGAGCCGGCGUGCUGGCGGCAUUGCGGUCCAUCAAGACCGGACACGCUAUCGGAUUGAUGAUCACUGCAUCCCACAACCCGAUCUUCGAUAAUGGCGUGAAGAUCGCUGAUCCAGAUGGUGGCAUGCUGACCCAGAAGUGGGAGCCCUUCGCUGAUGCUCUUGCCAAUGCCCCCGAUCCCCAACACCUCCUUGAUUUGGUGGUCCAAUUUGCCGAGGAGGAGAAUAUCCCUUUGUGUGGAACUCAAUCUGCAGAGGUACUUCUGGGCAGGGACACGAGACCUACUGGAGAAUCUCUCCUUGAAACUGCAAAACAAGGAAUCAAUGCUAUAAUUGGUGCUGUUGCAGUUGAUAUGGGGAUCUUAACAACACCACAACUGCAUUGGAUCGUUAGGAGUAGGAAUAAGGGAACAAAGGCAUCCGAGUUUGAUUACUAUGCACAACUUUCAAAAUCUUUCAGGUGCUUGAUAGAUUUGAUUCCAGAGAACAUUGUGAAAAGUGAGGUUGAUCCUAAAGUUUUAGUGGAUGGAGCCAAUGGUGUUGGAGGAGAAAAACUGGAGGAGUUGAAAAAAAUGCUGAAGGGAUUGGAUAUUGAAGUUAGAAACUCAGGAAAGAAAGGAGGAGUGCUUAAUGAUGGAGUUGGAGCUGAUUAUGUGCAGAAAGAAAAGGUGGCCCCAUCUAGUUUUGGAUCUAUUGACAUGGGAUUAAGGUGUGCAAGUUUGGAUGGGGAUGCAGAUAGGCUCGUAUAUUUCCAUGUCUUAUCAGCAAGUGACAAUAGCAUUGAUCUUAUUGAUGGAGACAAAAUAUUAUCGCUCUUUGCAGUAUUCAUAAAGGAACAAUUAAGCAUCCUCAAUAGGAAUGAAAAUGAUGAUGUAUUCAAUUCAUUGCCAGCACGGCUUGGCAUUGUUCAGACAGCUUAUGCAAAUGGCGCAUCAACUGAUUACCUCAAGCAGAUGGGCCUGGAAGUUGUGUUUACUCCAACAGGAGUAAAAUACCUGCACAAGAAAGCCGCAGAGUAUGAUAUUGGUAUCUAUUUUGAGGCAAACGGUCAUGGAACUAUUAUUUUUUCAGAAGAAUUCUUGUCUCUGUUACAUGCCAGAUCAGAUGAAUUGUCUGUUUCCAUGGCAGGUUCAGAGCGCCACAAGGCUGCUGUAAGAUUGUUGGCUGUUAGUCAGUUAAUAAACCAGGCAGUGGGCGAUGCUCUUAGUGGCUUGCUAUUAGUGGAAGCUGUGCUCAGUUACAUGGGAUGGUCAAUUGUGAGAUGGAGUCAGCUUUAUGCUGAUCUUCCUAGCAGACAGCUGAAGGUGAAAGUUGCGGAUAGAAAUGCAGUUGUCACCGCUAACGCAGAAACAGAGGUGGUCCAGCCUGUUGGUCUACAGAAGCUUAUUGAUACUGAAACUGCCAAAUACCCAAGAGGACGGUGUUUUAUUCGUCCCUCUGGCACAGAAGACAUUGUCCGUGUUUAUGCUGAAGCAUCCACACAAGAAGCAGCUGAUCGCCUUGCCAACUCUGUCAUGCAACUUGUCUAUCAAUUUCUUGAUUUUACUAAUUCUCAUGUUUGAUUUCUCCAUGACAACAGCAGUGGAAUACAAUAAGAAUAGUUAAAAUACUUGCAUUGUU